AUGGCCUGCUCGCAAGAAAAUUUUCCCACUCCAAGUGAGAGUGCAGGUUCAAAAUAUGAGACUGAAUUGGAUAUUCAGAUUGAAGAAGACCAACCUGUUCGCCAUGUGGAGGAAGAGAAUGUUCGCAUUGAAGAGCCUCCUAUUUGUAACGAAGGAGAGAAUACAAACACUGAGUUAACCCAAACCUUGAAUGACUAUGUUCCUUCUCCUCCUCCCUUACUUUCAUUCAACGUAUCUGCUACGGGGGCUAAAACAUUAGGCUUCUCAACCCAUGUUUCACCAGCCACCUACCCUAUUCGCAUUGAUGAUCCAGACAUGAUAUUUGGGGAUGAUAAUGAUGAUGACCUUGGCGGAUUCACAUACAGUGCAUUCCAGAUAAGGACCGCAAGAGAAGAUGAAGCCACUGUCAUACAAGGGCUGCUUAUGUCCCUUCAUGAAAAGCUUGACAAUCUGUUUCUUGCUUCCAAGGAUUCAUUUUCUGAAGCUUAUUCCAAAGCGGUGGUUGAAAAUAUGUUUGAACGUAUAACGAAGGAUCACACAGAUAAUGUAGAGAAGAUGAACAAGGCAGUGACUGCUUCUGCUAUAGUUUGCAAGACGGCGGCCGAAAAAGUUGAUAAACUAAUUUUUGACACCACUGUGUUUAACGAAGCUUACCAAACCACCUACAACAACAACACCAUAUUUGUGAAUGCAAGUUUACAAAAUUUGGGCACUAUAUUCAAAGCGGAGAAGGAUAACUGGCAAAAUCUAUACACUGGCUUACAAAAUGAGCAUGAAUUGUUUCAAACCAGCAUCACUUUGCAGAUAACAAAACAUCAAAGUGAUUUGGCGAUGGAAAGUAAGGUGAUGGAUGCUCUCACCCGGAAGACAGAAAUGGUUAAAGUGAUGGAUCUUAAAUUGGAAAAUGCUAAGAAGAAGGUCAAGGAUCUGCUAUCUGAGAAGGUCAUCAUGAAAAGCUGCAUCUCAAAUGUUGCAGGCUUACUUUCAGAUAUCAUUGAGACUAGGGAUCCAAGGAUUUCAAUCACAUUUCGGAAGCAUUUAGCUGAAAAGCUAGAUCUAGUAUUUGUGAUGCUUCACCGUCUGGAGGGUGUUUCGCCGUAG